AUGAUACCUGCGCUGUUAGUUGUGUUCCCUUAUCGGUGGAAGUUCCAGGUGGCCAGUUGGUUAUCUGAUGGGAGACGGGGGGUUAACAGCUGGCAAAAGGCCGCAAUCAGUGCGAGAAUAGGCAAGACCGACAACGAGCGAUUCAGAGAACAGUUUGGAUACACGAUUAUUGCAUCGCAGUUGUUGAGCGAACCCAGCGCACCCUCCUACACCUCCGUCUCGAACCUGUUGAGCCACCCUGUCCAGAGCGAUGAUGACAAGGCAGCCUCCCGAGCCGCCAUCUUCGGCGUGCGAGGAGCUGUAUUCACGGCCGUGGCAUCCUUCUCCGUCGUCUUACUAUUACACUGGGCCCGAUCCAUACACAGGAUAGGCUGGAGCAUUGGAAGAGUCCUCCUUCUUGGUGUCCUGUUGGUUACGAUCGUUGCAGCGUUCUACGUCUUUGCGAAACGCCAGUGGCUGAGAUACCUGCGUAGCCAGGCUAUCGAGACCGCCACUGCCUGCGUUGGGAAUGCGCAGACGCUUGACUCUGCGGCUUCGGCAUCCGUUGUGCUCAUUCAGGAGGUCGAGCUCGUUUCACGCGGGUACAGAGUGAGCUCGCCUCUUCCACCAGUGAGCCGGCUGGAGGAGCAGUCGCAAACCCGGAGAUGCUUGAAACUCCGCCGCAUCCUGGCCAAAUGCCUGGAGGAGAUGCUGGAGAAAUAUCUCUAUGUGAAACGAAAAUUACGACCACUCGUAGAUGAUGCAAACUUGGAAAAAUAUUAUGACAUUUAUGAAAUUUCCCAGGUGGAACUCCAGGCCGCCGAGUCCACGGUGGUCGACCAGUCAGUGGAUGAAAAGACAUCCCUGAGAUCGUUGCGGUCGUCAUUCGCUCGGCUGUAUACCGUGAGGAAGAGCGCCCUUUGUUGUCUCCUUGCACUCCCGGCAGACGGAGGUGAAGCCGAUAUUGCAAGAUGGAGCGCUGCGACUGAAGAGAUGCACAGCCUGGCUGACGCCAGCGCCGAGUGGAUUGAGAAGCUGAGAGACGUCCUCAACGAACAAGACCGUACGCCUCCCUUCCAUCCUUGCGUUUUCCAUAUGCCUAAUCUAACUUACGUAGGAGAUAUAAUAUCGUCGUCCCCAAUACAGAAUCCAAACCCAAACCCCAACAGGGACCGCUAUCGAGCCCAGCUUCGUCGGCUAAACUCGUUAUCUCAGGGCAUACGAGGACUUCAUGCCAGAAUGCAACUUAUUCGCGAGGAGUCGGACGCCUGUCUCGAUGGGUCCAACGAAGACGUAGACCUCGGCUCGACCCUUCUCGUCCAAUACGAGGCUAUCGGCGCUGAGCUGCGUGGGAUACUCCAAGAAUGGGAAGCCGGCAAAUCGGCCAUGCGAGCCAACAUGGAGUCGUCCGAUCGUCAGUCAUCUUCUUCCCGACGCACGUCAAGCAUGAUCAAGUCACCGUCUUCACCCACUUUCAGCAUCGGAGGCAGCACUGCUGUCGACGGCGGUCCGGCUGAUGCCCUGCGUGCUUUGAACGGAGAGAUGCAGAAAUCUCUCAAUCCAGAUAGCAACAUGGAUGAUGACGAGGUGUUUGAAGCUAUUGCCAUGCCCCGAACUCGAAGCUCGUUGACUCGCGUGGAACGAAUCGCGCGGAUGAAAGAAGACCGGGCCCGUCAGGCUGUUGCUCGAGAGAGAGCCGAAGCGAAUACACAUAUGCUGAAGGAACUUGAGACUGUGAUCAAGCUUCGUCCUCAUAAGGGCGGCGCAAGAGUCUCCAGUCUCUAG